AAGAGGUUACCCUGGCAUAAGCCUUACAAAUCUUUGCAACACAAAUUGAAAUGAUAAAAAAUAUAGCAUUGAAAUAAUAAAAUAUUAUACAUAAAUGGCAAAAAUUAUAGACGAUUUCUUUACAUGUGAAUAUGAAAAUGUAAUCAUAGAAGACUAUUGCUAUAAAAGUGACGAAAAGUAUCGUGUUAAGCGAGAUCGAUAUUAAAUCAACGCUUCAUAUAAGCUCGUUUCCUUUACCGCAAAAACACAAUAUUAGUUAUACAGAUACUAUGGUAGGAUUAUCUUUGUUAAUAAUUUUAUAUUCAUGCCAUUUAUAUAUUAUUCGUGUCGAAUCUGCGGUCUGUGAAGCAAAUGAAACAUACAAAUCUGAAAACAUUACUUGCAUUUGUAAUGAAUUCGGAGAAUGGCCAAAUAAUCAAUGUCGUGUACAUUUUAAAAAGCUAAAUAGUUACAAAAUAGAUUGUAAACCAGGAGAACUUAUGUUUAUUGAAUGCAAUGUCUGUCGAUGCGGUGAAAAUGGCAAGGUAGAUAGAGAUCAAUGUACGAAGCACGAAUGUAAUGCAAGCAAAGUUAGACGGUCUAAUGUUUUAGAAACUCGAUGUGAACCCAACAGGUGGUACUCAUUUGCUCCUUGUCGUAUCUGCUAUUGCAUAAAUGAACAUAGGUUAAUAUGCAAUAAUAAAAAUGAAGGUAUAAAAGUAAACCUCGGUAAGUAUGAAUUAAGUGAAUGUGAUAAUCUUAUGUUAGAUAUGAAAGAACUCAAGAAUGAAAAAAAGCCUUUACGAUAUGGCGAAAAAAAAGAAAACUUUCAUAAAAAAAAUAAGAAAUCUAGCAUUGAAUUAGAUGAAAACGAAGACGAGAGUGAUGAAGAAAGUAAUGCUAAAUACAAUCAAGUAACAACCAACAAAGCAAAAAGUAAACGUAAUAAAAAUAAAAGUGAUUUAUCUAAAUCUGAUAAGUUGAGGAUGAAAAAACAUGAACUGAGCAAAGUAACCUUAACUGAUGCCAAUUGGGAGGGAUCUAAGCAUCUGAGUAAAAAUCAAAACUUAAGAUUCAAACUGCCUAAUGUAUUCGGCAAUUUGUUGAAUUUAGUGUUAAGAAAAUCAAUGGUUUCUCUUAAUUCAGGAAGUAAUUGUAAGCCAGGCAAUACAAUGAAACUUCAAUGUAAUACUUGUUUUUGCUUAACAAAUGGUAAAAUGCUGUGUACUGAAAAAAUAUGUAAAUAAAUGACACAAAAUUGUC